AUGACUUCCCGAAGCACGUCCUUCUCCCACAGUCCGCACCGGCCUCCGCGCCCAUCCAUCAGCUCGAGAAUCUCUUUCGCCGUCUCGACCGCCGAGCAGAGCGAGCACGACGACGAGGCCGCCGGUGCGGCGCCCGCCCACCACCACCAGCAGCAACAGAUCGAGGAGGAGAUCGCCGAGAUCAAGCGCUAUGAGGACUUCACCACGAUAGACUGGGUCCAGGAUGCCGCCCGGGAGCAGGCGCGGAGGAAGCUGCGGCGGAGGCGGCAGGCCGGCAUGCUCGACAGCGGCCAGGCAGGGUGGAGGCACCGCCUGCGCGAGUCCUACGACGCCGCCCAGGGCUGGCUUGUCGUGACGUUGAUCGGGGUUGCCAUCGGGCUGAAUGCGGCGUUUCUCAACAUUAUUACGGAGUGGCUGUCCGAUAUAAAGAUGGGAUACUGUACGACGGCCUUCUACCUCAACGAGAACUUUUGCUGCUGGGGCGAGGACAACGGCUGCGACGAGUGGCAUCGCUGGACGGGCUUCGGACCGGCGAACUACUUUUUAUACAUCCUCUUUGGCACCGUCUUCGCCUUCACCUCGGCCACGCUCGUCAAGUCAUUUGCGCCCUACGCCGCAGGGUCGGGUAUCUCGGAGAUCAAAUGCAUCAUUGCCGGCUUCGUCAUGAAGGGAUUCCUGGGUUCCUGGACGCUCCUGAUCAAGUCCGUCUGCCUGCCCUUGGCCAUCGCGUCCGGCCUGUCCGUCGGAAAGGAGGGCCCCAGUGUGCACUAUGCCGUGUGCACCGGAAACGUCAUCUCACGCUUGUUCGAAAAGUACCGCCGCAAUGCCGCCAAGACGCGGGAGAUCCUGAGCGCCUGCGCCGCGGCCGGUGUUGCCGUUGCCUUUGGUAGUCCCAUCGGCGGCGUACUGUUCUCUCUGGAAGAGAUGUCGAACUACUUUCCUCUCAAGACCUUGUGGCGCAGCUACUUCUGCGCCCUCGUCGCAACGGCCGUGCUUGCGGCCAUGAACCCCUUUAGGACGGGACAGCUUGUCAUGUUCCAGGUUCACUACGACCGAUCGUGGCACUUUUUCGAGGUGGUCUUCUACAUCAUCUUGGGCAUCUUUGGCGGUCUCUACGGCGCUUUUGUCAUGAAGUGGAAUCUACGAGCCCAGGCCUUCAGGAAGAAGUACCUGUCAAAGUAUGCCAUCGCAGAGGCGACCAUCCUCGCGGCCGGAACCGCCAUCAUCUGCUACCCCAACGUCUUCUUGAGGAUCGACAUGACGGAGAGCAUGGAGAUCUUGUUCCUCGAGUGCGAGGGAGGCGAGGAUUACCACGGUCUAUGCGAGCCCGACAAGCGGUUUUCCAAUAUUCUGUCGCUGGCUCUGGCCACGGUUCUCAGGGUUCUGCUCGUCAUUAUCUCGUACGGUUGUAAAGUGCCAGCCGGCAUUUUCGUUCCAUCCAUGGCCAUUGGCGCAUCAUUCGGCCGCACGGUUGGCAUCAUUGUCCAGGCAAUCCACGAAGCCAACCCCACGAGUGCGUUCUUCGCUGCUUGCAAGCCGGACGAGCCUUGCAUCACACCCGGCACAUACGCUUUCCUAGGUGCAGCCGCGGCGCUGAGCGGCAUCAUGCACAUUACUGUUUCUGUGGUUGUCAUCAUGUUCGAGCUCACCGGCGCUCUGACGUACAUCCUCCCCACCAUGAUCGUUGUCGGAGUGACCAAGAUCGUCAGCGAGCUCUUUGGCAAGGGUGGCAUCGCCGACAGGAUGAUCUGGUUCAGCGGGUUCCCUUUCCUGGACAACAAGGAGGAACACAACUUUGGCGUUCCCGUCUCUGAGGUCAUGCGGACCGAGAUCACAUCGUUGCCGGUGAGCGGCAUGGCCUUCUCCGAGCUCGAGAACCUCCUCAAGGAGGACAAGUAUCAAGGCUUCCCCAUCGUCGAGGACGCCACCUCCAAGAUCCUCGUCGGCUACAUCGGCCGCACCGAGCUUCGCUACGCCAUCGACCGUGUAAGGCGCGAGAGGCCGAUUAAUCCAGACGCGAGAUGCACCUUUUCGCCCCCGCCGGCGGCACUCAACUCGACCGCCCCGCUCACACCCACCGUGACGGUGAACCUCGACUCGAUGUCGUCCACGUCGGUCGAUUUCAGCCGGUACAUCCAUACAACGCCCGUGACGGCGCAUCCCCGUCUGCCCCUUGAGACAGUCAUGGAGCUCUUCCGCAAAAUCGGCCCUAGGGUCGUGCUCGUCGAAUACCACGGCCGCCUUUCGGGUCUGGUCACCGUUAAGGAUUGCCUGAAGUACCAAUUCACGGCCGAGCACGCCGAGAACCCGCGCGACGACUCCGCCCUCGCUGAGAGCCAGGAGAGGUUGUGGAGCGCGAUGCGGCUCGCCGCGGGGUGGGUAUCGGACAAGGUGUUGAUGGCGUCUGGUGGGAGGGUGCGGUUAUCGUCGGUCGACGAGCGGAGGGGUGGGAGUGGAAAUAGUGGAGGUGGAGGUGGCGGCGGCGGCGUCGGCCGGCUGGCCGGUGCGCAGAUACUGGACGGUGAUGAGGAUGAUGUCGAUGACGGGGGCGUGGAGCUCGAGAACCGUUGA